AUUUUCUUUAGCGCCUUCGCUCUUUGCGAAACCUUCAUCCUCAGCAGUUAUCACAUUAGACUGUUACAGAGGAUGUUAGGAGGACGCUCUCUCUCCACCACACAACCAUAGAAAUAAGUGGACACAGCUGCACCGAGAACAGUUUGCUUCGAUGGCGAUCACAUAAUUUAAUUACCUCAAUUAAUACUUUCAAAUGACAUGAUUUUAGUGCUCCAAGUCAGCUUAAGCGUCUCGAUAGGUUUUCUCCAACGCUGACAUCCGUUAAAUACCUCUAAGCUAUAAAUCACAUCACACCAGUUUGUAUUUCAGCCACAAGUCUUGUGACGUCAUGUGGAAACUAAUGAGAAACGAAACCGACGACAUUUGCUGCAUUUUGCUGCUUGUCAGUAGCUUCAGUAUGUGUAGUUUCAGAGGAGAAGUAAAGAAAGUGGACAACAUGAGCUCCGCUAAAGAGAAAUGUUACAACCCCCGUGACUUCACGCUGAGGUUUGUGGAUAGAGAAGAUGAGUUUGACUUUCUGUGUGAAGGUUUUAGUUCUCGGAGGGCACUGAUGUCUUGUGGCCAUGCUGUGACUCCAACAUCGCUCACCAACUGGUGCCGUCAGUUGUUGGAAAAAGGUGAAAGCAAAUUUGUGUGUGGCCAGUUUGGUUGUAAUGCAGAGUGGCCUUAUGUGGAGGUCCGAAAAAUGGCUCUCCUGACCCAUGAAGAAAGGGAGUACUUUGAAAGAAACAUGGCUCUCAAUGCUGUCAAGGUUUACUUUGACACCAAAGUAUGUCCUGAAUGCAAACAUACUGUGACGAGGAAGGAUCAGUCCAAUCUGAGUGUCCGAUGCCACAUUUGCACAGCAAGGAAAGGACGGGUCUAUGAAUUCUGCUGGCAGUGUCUGAAGAAAUGGAAAGGUGAUCCCUCCCGAACAGACCGCUGUGAAAAUGAAGGCUGCUACAACGAGGCCCUAAAAACACUGAGAACCUGUUCAGUUAUCACCUUUGAGUCUGUGAAAGGAGUCACAGGAUGUCCCUCCAUCCGGGCCUGUCCCACCUGUGGCUAUAUGCUGGAGCAUAGUUCAAAAAACUGUAAAAGCAUUUACUGUUCUCGAUGUAAGACAGAGUUCUGUUUUGUUUGCCUGAAGCUCAAGAGUGAAUGUAAGAAAACAGGUAAGGGUUACUACAACCCAUGCUCUGAUGGUGUCGCCCCCAGACAGACCUCUAUACCUGUGUGGCAGAGGAGAUGAUGUAAAUAUUAACCUGUGUGCUACAGUUUCUAUUGAAAUGAACCAAGUUAUACAAACGUACCUUGUUGGAUUUUAUAUCAUUCCCUGAAUUUCAUAAUCUGAUUUAAGAUUCUUGGAAACAUCUGUCUGGCUAAUAUUUCUCUUUUUGUUUUAUUUGUGAUUAAAUUGACCCCAAAAUAAUCUUUACAGCUAAUGUUCACAUGAAUUUUAAGCAUAUCAACUGACUGUGGUAGAAUCUAACAUGUGUAUAUACAUAUUAUCCAAAGUAGUUAUGUUCAGUUGUUGAUUCUUCCAUAUGUGUUUAGUGUGUCCAAUCUCUCCAAUCAAAGUACUUUUAUCUUCUACAAUAUAAGAAAAAUAGUUCAAACUCUGUGGAGGAAAUUUUUUGUUGUUUCUAAAUAAAGCUUUAGUGAAGCAUUCUCUUGUCAAACAAACUAUCUUCAUGAGUUUUAAACUGAUUGUUCAGGGAGCUCAUAUAACAGAAAGCAAUUUAACAUUUCCACUCUACAUGUUAGAGGAAUCUUCUCUAUGUUGCAUCAUUUAAGGCACAAAGAUAUGAAGGUUUCAGGCAGCAUACACAGUUAUCAGUACCAGCUACUGUAGAACUUGCUCUCCUCAGACACGUGGUUGCUUCUCCUGUGCUCCCCUACUGAGCUGAGACAGAACAGUCACAAGCCAAGGACCACAGCAGACAACAUCUAAGGUGUUUAUAGAAUGACAUCAUCUGAGUUGUCCACAUUGCCUCCAUGUGAGUGCCUCCAUAGACAGCAAAGUCUCAGAA